AAUCAGAUCAGUAUCAAAAGUCAAUAUUUACAUCUAUGUUUACGAUAAAAAUAAACUUGAAAAAUAUCGCGUCCAUGGCAUAUAAAUUAAUGUGGAUCAUAGUGGAUUGCAUCAGGGCAGUUUGAGAAAUUGCCAAAGAAUGUUUAGUAAAUUAGAAAAUAAAUCAAACAUCAUUUUGGUGGUGUUACUUUUGAUAAAUUUCACUUGUGGAUUAGAAAAAUGGGUCAAAAGUGCUGGUGUUGCCAAUUUGGAUUGUCCAUUGGACGAUGAUCCAUUUAAUCCAACAUGUCUUCCAUACCCAGGAGAUUGUACAAAAUUCAUUAAGUGCUCUUAUGGCUUGGGAUACACUCUUUCAUGCCCCGCCGGUUUGCACUGGUCAAAACCAUUGUCACGAUGUGAAGCACCAGGCGUUGCCUGCUGCAAUUCCAAUGCAGUAACAACCCCUCCGGUUAUAGGUGGAGGAGGCUGCACUUUUCAAUAUAAACCUCAUCCAACUGACUGUAACAAGCUGAUUCAGUGUGUUAAUGGAAUUGAAUACGAAUUAACCUGCCCUCAAGGUUCAUUUUGGGAUAAACGUACAUCAAAAUGUUCAUUUACAGACUAUCCUCGAUUAAAUGAGUCUUAUUUAAGAAAAUACAUUAUGCUGCGUUUAGAAAAGAGAGAAUGUUUUUGGAUAAUUUUAACGAUCUUCACGAGCGUAUCCGCAGGACUUGCUGCUGAGGAAACAGCUUUGACACCAACUUGUUCUAAAUCUUCUGGAAGUACUUUGAGCUUUAUUCCACAUCCCGUCGACUGUAGGAAAUAUUAUGUUUGUGUUCAAGGAAUCGCCUAUCUGCUCUCAUGUUCAUUUGGACUAAAUUGGGUUCCUUCCUUAGGCAAAUGUUCGGCACUAUCAAGUUGUGCAAAUAAACAAAUUAACAAACCACCAACAUACAAUCCACUUUGUCCAAUUGGUGCGAAUCCAACAUAUUUACCAGACAAUCAUGAUUGUGGUAAGUUUUUCGAAUGUCAUGGUGGUCUUGCAUCUCAUAUGAAAUGUCCUGAGCAAUAUCAUUGGAGUGUGGAACAUCGUAGAUGUGUGGAUCCAUCUGUGGCAAAUUGUAAGAGCUUGUCCGAAACUAUUAGUAAUGGACAAUUGAAUCCAGCAUGUCCACUUAACGAUGACUCAUACCAUCCUAUUCAUCUUCCUCAUCCUGGAGAUUGUACUAAAUUCUUAAAAUGUUCGUUUGGAAGAAGCUUUAUUGUAUCUUGUCCGUAUGGAUUACAUUGGAAUCUUGAAGCUAACCGUUGUGAUAGUCCUUUUGUUGCUCAAUGUGGAGAGACAAUAGACACGAUUGUGCCCCCAACAACACCAUCAGUCUCAACCAUUAAACCAUCAACUUCUCAGCCCAGUUCUAACGCAAAACCCAACGCAAACAUUCCAAUAUGUCCCACGAAUGGAGUCAAAAACUUUGGCAUACCCGGUCAGUGUGAUAAAUACUUCUCUUGCAGUCAGGGUAAGCUGUACGUCACGACUUGCCGUGCGGGGCGUCAAUGGAGUGAAAAGGCUAACGGGUGCGUAGAUUCUAGUAUCGCUAAAUGCACAGGCUUAUUCAGUGCGCCAAUUACUACUCUCACAACACUAGGGGCACCUAGCAGCAUAUCGGCUUCCUCUUCUUCCUCUUUACUUGUUCCACGCCCACAAACCGCUUUAGGACCAACAAUGUGCACUCCAGGUGUUAGAUUUUUACCACAUCCCACAGAUUGUCAAAAGCAUUUCUUAUGCGAUAACGGCAGGCCAGUAGAAAUGCCAUGCCCCGAAGGGUUGUAUUUUAGUCGGUCCAGUUCAAACUGUCAGUGGACUAAUGUUGAUUGUUAACCUAAUUAUAAAUAAUAUUGAUAUAAAAUAAUGUCAAGAAAUAUAAAUAUUACAGAAUAUAACUCAUUUGAAUAUUU